AGCUGAGUGGCAUAAGGUAAAGACCUUCAAGAGACUGAACAAUGAAGACCAUUGCAGUGCUAGUUUUUGUCAGUUUGGCCAUUGUUGCUAUUGAAGGGAAGCCCGGGAUUGGAAUCCAAAGAUGUUUGUGUGCUGGUGCUGGUCUCAAAAUGGUGAACCCAAAUCUGAUUGAGAAAGUUGAAAUUCACCCUAAUAGUCCAUCCUGUGGACAUGUGGAAGUUGUUGUCACUCUGAAGAAUGGUAAAGGACGAAGAUGCUUAAACCCAGAGUCAAAGUUUACCAAGUAUAUAACUGAGAAGAUUGAAAAAAGGACCAGGAGUGCUUAGCAAAAUGCGUGAAGUGUUUCAACUGCGAUUUCAAGUGUGAAACUUGAGUCCACUGUGGGCAUUAAAAAGCUGUAUUGAGUCUUUCUGAUAUUAUAAUAAAGUAUUUUAUGUAUUAUGUUUACACAUUAUUUUAUGAGUACUUUAUUUAAGAAAAAUGUUGUAUGUUAUUCUGUUUAUGUCUGUUGUUUAAUGUCAGA